GGAUCGGGAAUGGGAUCAGGAAUUCCGAUCCCGCUGCUGCUCCCGGUUCUCUCCGCGCUCCAUUCCCACGGAUUCCGUCCCGUGUCAGGGAAUCUCCACGAGCCUUUGCUGAUCCUGGAGGGCCGGGAUGGAGCCGGGAUCCGCCUGCGCUGCCUCUCGGAGCGGAACAUUCCCAACAUUCGCCUGCUCUGGAGCGACGGCAACGGCCGCAACCUGUCGGGAAUUCCGGAGCCUCGGGAUUCCGGGAAAGGCGGCAGCUCCGUGCUGCUCCGGCCGGGAUCCGGGAACGCCGCGGCCUGUCGGAUUCUGGAGCCCCGGAGCCGCUCCGACACCGAAUCCAUCGUGGUCAUCGCCGAGGAUUUUUUCCCGGCCGCGUCCCCCUGGAUCCCGGCCCUGGCGCUGCUCCUCACCCUGGGGCUGUUCCUGCUGCUGGCGGCCGCGCUCCGACUGCGCUGGAACAGCCGGAUCCUGGCUCAGGAGCGAAAAAACCAGCGGGAGAUCCUGGAGGAGAUCGAGGAGCUCAAGAUGGAGCUGGAGGAGGAGAUUGCAAAAUUCCAGAGGGAGCAGCAGGAGAUGGAGGAGAAACUCGAGCGGAUCCAGGGCCCGCUGGUCUUCAGACGGGCCCAGAGCCACGCGGCCUCGGUGACUCCGGCCGAGCUCCGGGGGAAUCCCGGGAUGGCGCGGGAGGGAAAUGAACGGAGCGUUCCCGGCUCCGAGGCCGCGGCCGUGGCGCGGGAAGGAUUUUCCCAAGGGAAGCACUACUGGGAAGUGGAGCUGGGCUCCGGCUCCGGAUGGGAGCUGGGAGUGCUGGCGGAGGAAAUCCGGGAUUCACUCCGGGAUGAUUCCGUUCCCUCGGUGCCGGAGGAGAAGGUGGCGGGGCUGGAAUAUUCCCAGGGGGAAUUCCGGCUCCCCGGCGGGAAGCUGGAGCGGAAUUCCGGGCGCUGCCGCGUGCUUGGGCUGUUCCUGGACCAGGAAAUGGGAGUUCUCUCCUUCUUCGACGUCGAGGAAAAGCAGCUCCUGGGAUCCCUGCCCUUGAGGAUUUCUGGGAAUCUCUUCCCGUUCUUCAGGCCGGGAUGGGACGGGAACGUUCUGGGAAUUCGCCCGGUGGGGGUUUGAAAUGGACGGGAGCGACAUCGGGAAUUGUCAGCGUUAAAAAUUAAAUUUCCUGUUAAAUAUUCAAAUUGUGCCAUUGUAAUAUUCCAGUUGUUUCCUGACACUGAUCCUGACCCCAACCC